ACUGAUCAACAGGCUCUGUGGCUGCUUGCUAGGCAACUGUAUCUAGUGAUUGACUGUCCACACUGCUCGAAUCACAGCAUGCUGGAGGACCUGGCUGGGUGCUCUGACUGACUGAUCACCUGACAGACGGUAUGGUCAGUCGGAUGCUGCUUGAGAAUGACUGACAAUGUGAUGAGGGGCGGAUUGAACGAGUCACAGGCCAGCUGGCCAGCAGCAAAACCCGCGUAGCUGUCUGACUCAAUGGCUGUACGUGGUUAUGGACUGUCUGCCCUGAUAGAAUCUCAGCUUCAACGCAUCAGAGGAGACUGAUUGACCAAUGGUCGGGAUGCAUCGCCUGAGAAAUGACAGACUGGCUGACCCACUGCUGACAGGCUGUAGUGUGUGUUGCAAGUCUUCUUGGAAUCAGCUGCAGGACCUGUGCCGCCUGGCCAAGCUCUCCUGCCCUGCCCUUGGUGUCUCUAAGAGGAACCUCUAUGACUUUGAAGUUGAGUACCUGUGCGAUUACAAGAAGAUCCGAGAACAGGAAUAUUAUCUGGUGAAAUGGCGCGGAUAUCCAGACUCAGAGAGCACCUGGGAGCCACGGCAAAAUCUCAAGUGUGUGCGCAUCCUCAAGCAGUUCCACAAGGACUUAGAGAGAGAGCUGCUUCGGCGGCACCACCGGUCAAAGACCCCCCGGCACCUGGACCCAAGCUUGGCCAACUACCUAGUGCAGAAGGCCAAGCAGAGGCGGGCGCUCCGUCGCUGGGAGCAGGAGCUCAAUGCCAAGCGCAGCCAUCUGGGACGUAUCACCGUAGAGAAUGAGGUGGACCUGGAUGGCCCCCCGCGGGCCUUCGUGUAUAUCAAUGAGUACCGUGUUGGUGAGGGCAUCACCCUCAACCAGGUGGCUGUGGGCUGCGAGUGCCAGGACUGUCUGUGGGCACCCACCGGAGGCUGCUGCCCGGGGGCGUCACUGCACAAGUUUGCCUACAAUGACCAGGGCCAGGUGCGGCUUCGAGCCGGGCUGCCCAUCUACGAGUGCAACUCCCGCUGCCGCUGUGGCUAUGACUGCCCGAAUCGUGUGGUACAGAAGGGCAUUCGAUAUGACCUCUGCAUCUUCCGCACGGACGACGGGCGCGGCUGGGGCGUCCGCACUCUGGAGAAGAUUCGCAAGAACAGCUUCGUCAUGGAGUACGUGGGAGAGAUUAUUACCUCAGAGGAGGCGGAGCGGCGGGGCCAGAUCUACGACCGCCAGGGCGCCACCUACCUCUUUGACCUGGACUACGUGGAGGACGUGUACACGGUGGAUGCCGCCUACUACGGGAACAUCUCCCACUUUGUCAACCACAGUUGUGACCCCAACCUGCAGGUGUACAACGUCUUCAUAGACAACCUUGACGAGCGGCUGCCCCGCAUCGCUUUCUUUGCCACAAAAACCAUCCGGGCAGGCGAGGAGCUCACCUUUGAUUACAACAUGCAAGUGGACCCCGUGGACAUGGAAAGCACCCGCAUGGACUCCAACUUUGGCCUGGCUGGGCUCCCUGGCUCCCCUAAGAAGCGGGUCCGUAUUGAAUGCAAGUGUGGGACUGAGUCCUGCCGCAAAUACCUCUUCUAGCCCUUAGAAGUCUGAGGCCAGACUGAUCGAGAGGGCCUGAAGUUACCCGCACCUCCCCCACCGCUACCCUCCUGUUGAGAAUGACUGCCAGGGCCUCGCCUGCCUCCACCUGCCCCCACCUGCUCCCAUCUGCUCCCAUCUGCUCUACGUUCAGGGCUGCAGCUGUGGUGAGGACUGACUCCAGGAGUUCCCUUUCCCUGUCCCAGUCCCAUCUGUGGGUUGCACUUACAAACCCCCACCUACCUUCAGAAAUAAUUUCUCAACAUCAAGACUGUUGUUGGGAUUCAUGGCCUAUUAAGGAGGUCCAAGGGGUGAGUCCCAGCCCAGCCCCAGAAUAUGUUUUGCACCUGCUUCUGCCUGGAGCUUGAGGGGUCUGCUGCAGGCCUCCUCUCUCCUCCCCCAAAGGUAUGGGGAAGCAACCCCAGGGCAGGCAGACAUCAGAGCCUAGAGUGCCCAGCCCGACAUGAAGCUGGUUCCCCAACCACAGACACUUUGUACUAGUGAAAGAAAGGGGGUCCCUGGGCUACGGGCUGAGGCUGAUUUCUGCUCGUGCUUACAGUGCUGGCUAGUAUUGGCCCUAAGAGCUGUAGGGGCUCUUCUUUAGGGUUGCAUAGAUAGUGCAGAGCUGGCCAGCCCUGGAGGUGGGCUGGGACCAAGCUCUGCCUUUACGGGAGUACAGAGAAAGUACCUGGGGCUCUUGGGAGCUCUGCGAGUACUGGGGGCCGUAACCUGGGGUGUCAUGACUGCUGACACCACUCAGAGCUGGAACCAAGGUCUAGAUAGUCCGUAGAUAGCACUUAGGACAAGAAUGUGCAUUGAUGAGGUGCCAGGCAUGGGGUAGAGCACCUGGUCCACGUGGAUUGUCUCAGGGAAGCCUUGAAAACCACAGAGGUGGAUCCCAGGAAAGGGCCCAUGUGGCAGAAGGCAAAGUACAGGCCAAGAAUUGGGGGUGGGGGGAGAUGGCUUCCCCCACUAUGGGAUGGUGAGGUGAGAAGGAAGCCCUUGCUGCCUGCCAACCCCAGACCCUAGGCCUUUGUGCUCACCCUGGGUCCACUAGUCUCAAAAGUCACCCACCUACAAAUGUACAAAAGGCAAAGGUUCUGAUGGCUGCCUCGCUCCUUGCUCCCCCACCCCCUGUGAGGUCUUCUCUAGGAAGCCCUUCCUGACUACCUGUGCCCAGAGUGCCCCUACGUGAGACUGUAUGCCCUGCUAUCAGAUGCCAGAUCUAUGUGUCUAUCUGUGUGUCCAUCCCGCUGGCCCCCCAGACUAGCCUCCAGGCAUGGACUGAAUCUGGUUCUCCUCCUGUACACCCCUCAACCCUAUGCAGCCUGGAGUGGGCAUCAAUAAAGUGAACUGUCGACUGAAUAAA